GAACCUGCCCGCGUCCUUGAUGGCUCUGUCUCUUUUGGCCGAAUCCGCGAUCCAAAAUGAGCGACAGCCAGCUCUGUAAUUGUAAGUCUGGCCAAUUUACCAGGAGACCUCGGAAAGGUUCAGUUGCGGUCCACUCUAGUUAACUUCACAAAGCUUGUCUGGUGACUUGGAAAGUCGUCGACUCAAAUUGCAAUUUACCCUGCCUCGUUUGCAAGUUACUCGCUUAGUCCGUGAUGACGACAUUAGGCAGAGCAAAGCGGGGGGUCGCUGUGGAGAAAGGCCGUGGGUCUGCUGAAAUGGGCCAGGAGGGCAAGGAGCCGGGUCCUGCGAAACGGACUGCCCGGCGGCUGGUGCGCACGCACCAAGAGGCGCUGCCGGCGGGUGAGAAUGUGAGCGAGCUAGACCGUGAGCGAGCGGAACGCAUGGCCAAGAACGCUGCAGCUCUGGCUGAAAUUGGCAUUGCUGGCGCGAUGGGAGACCUACGGCGCGCGCUGGCCCCGAAGCUAGAGUCUCUACCCAAUGCUAACGAGUCCCAACCGGAGCGCCGCAUAGCGCGGCCCAAGAGGGAACGCGGCGAGGUGGCGCCGCAGCGGCGCUCCACACGGGUAGCAGGCGCUGUUGCCGCGCAACUGCUGGUAGAUGGUGGUGACAGUGCUGAUGCGCUGGAGGACGGGUCGGGCGCGAAGCCGGGGCGUGGCGUUGGCAUAAUGUCACAGGAGGAGUACCUGGCCUCCAAAGGGCAGUCGUUGCCGGAGGGCUGGUUCAAGAGCGACGGCCGCUUCAAGGGCUGGGUGGCGCCGGACGUGUGCCAGAAACUGGGCUUGGCCACCAGUGCGGCAGAGGCGUGGGAGCAGGGUGGAGGCGGCAAGUUUCAGCGGAAAAUUAGCAAAUCGGACGUGCCGUCAAACCUCAAAGCCAAGGGCUGGUCGGACGCGCGCGCUUUCGCCGCCAGCCAGCUGCGAAAGAACCCCAACGCCUACUUUUACCGCCACACGGCGCCGGGGCAGCCCCAGGCACAGGGCGAGUGGACGGAGGAGGAGCACGAGAUCUUCAUAGCCACUGCGCGCAAGCACGGCGUGGGCGACAAAUGGGGCCUGUUCGCUUCCUACAUCCCUAACCGCGUAGGGUACCAGUGCUCAGCCUACUACACGCAGGUGAUCAUUCCCUCAGGCCGCAUCUUGGACUCGCGCUUCAGGAUGGACGCAUGGGGGGACGCCGUGUUUAUGGGCAACCGCGGCAAGGAAGACUAAGCAGGGGCAUCAUGUCGCCCCAGUUCAACGCCUUGCAUCAGCUCUGGUGGGAGUCUGUUGCAGGCGUACCAAGUGAUAGCCGAUGUGCCAGAUGCUAGUCGCUAGUUGCUAGUGCGAAUGGGACGCCCGUGAGUGGCGCUAUGUCCGUGCGUGGCGAUCAGCGGGGCGGGACGUGUGAAACGUAGUGGUGACGGUGACGCCGCAGGAGCGCAGCGCGCUGAUCAGGGCAGCGCAGCCGGUGCGCAGCACUGGUGUUGUGGUGGCGCCUUACCUCACGUCCGUGGGGUGUGCGCUGCGCAAGGAGCAAUUCUAGUUGUCAUGUUAUUAGGCAGGCAUGAUUGGCUGGUUCACUAGGACUUGGCGAGGUUGGUACUCAGCUUGCGUGGCGGUCUUUUGCUUGGUGUCGUCCACUAUGGCUUUCCUCAUCAUUCUGCGCCUCGGGCCCUUUACUUGCAACCUCGCGACAGUCCUUUGUCUAUGGAGUGGUGCAAAGGCGCACCCGUGCCUGCUGGCAGCGUCAACUACCGGCGGGGGGAGCCCGCCGCCGACGGCGGUAGAGGGCGGCCGUCUUGGAAGCGAAGGCCUCCAUGUCCGCGCGUUCGAGCGGGUUGGGUGGUGGUGUGGCCUCGUCGUACUUCCACAGGCUGUUGCGUGACUUGGCCACAGUCAGCGCGUGGAUGAGGGACGCCAAUCCCGCCUG